AUUAGUUCACAGCAACAAAAGAUAAUGAAGAUCAGACUGACAGCUCUUUUUUAUCUUGCCUUCAUCUAUUUAGGAGUGGAAGGAAAAGUUACUAUUACAUCACUUGGUUGCGAGUCUCCAAAUGGCCUCUCAUCACAUUUAACUGUAGGAAGGGAGUACACUAUGUAUUGUUCAACAGAUAGCUCAUCCCUUAUUGUUUGGAUAUGUCAUCAGCUCAAUCUAGCUUUUCCAUUUACUGAAAAUAGUCUUGGUUCCUCCUGGGAAUAUGGUGGCUUCUAUGCUAAAGCUGUAAGGUCUGAUGGGAAUUCAAUCACAGCAAGCUUGACAUUUACUGCCAAUGCUUCUCUUGAUCAGAAGGUAAUAACCUGUCAGGGUGGAUUUGGAAAUUCAUUUGUCGAAGAUGAGUGCCGUAUACAAAUAGAGAAAUCUGAAUCAACUUCAACUAAAUCUACCACAACAACUAGAGAUGUAUCUACUUCGACUGUACCUAUAUCAACUAGAGUUGGAUCUGCUUCAGCUAUCUCUACAUCAAGUAGAUCAAUUGUACCUGCAGUAUCAAAUGGACCUGGAGAUGGACCUACUUUUACAGCUUCAGUUUCAAUCCAAGAUAGAUCUGUAACUACUUUACCUACAGUUUGGUCUACAAUUUAUUCGCUUUCACAAACAGUGUCGUUAACACCAACUGCUACAAGUACUGUUUCAACAACACCUAGCUCUGGCAAAAUAACUUCUUUAGUACUAACUAUUGUGGUUGCUGUCAUUGUUGUCAUGUUAAUAAUUGCUACUUGUCUAAUAACAUCAUGUGUCUGUGGGAAGCUGAUAAUGUCUAAAAAAUACAGUGACUCUAAUAAAGAUGCUUCUAGUGAUCAACCUCAAGCAACCAUACCGAUGCAUUCAACUGAUAAUGUUAUAAUGAGUGACAACGCUGCUUAUGGUCAAGUAUCAGGUCUCCACAAUGAAGUACCUCAAUCCACUAACAUAAUGACAUCAAAUAAUGUUGCUUAUGGCACUAGUAUGACUGCGUAUUAUGAUUACAUUUAAUGUACCGUAUAGUACUUGUGUAGAUCUAAAUCUAGAAUGUUAAAUUCAAAAAAUGUUGCUAUUGGUUAGUCAACCAGUUAUCACAU